AUGAUAAGCAGCACAGCUACCCCCCCCCCCCAUCUAUCAUUAUCACCAGCCCCCUCACGAAGAGCAGCACAGCUACCCCCCAUAUAUCAUUAUCAUCAGCCCCCUCACGAAGAGCAGCACAGCUAUCCCUCCCCCAUAUAUCAUUAUCAUCAGCCUCACUUCACGAAGAGCAGCACAGCUAUCCCUCCCCCAUAUAUCAUUAUCAUCAGCCUCACUCACGAAGAGCAGCACAGCUAUCCCUCCCCAUCUAUUGUUAUCAUCAGCCCCCAACACGAUAAGCAGCACAGCUAUCCCUCCCCAUCUAUUGUUAUCAUCAGUGUCCCCACAGCAAAGCUAUCCCACCCCCAUCUAUUGUUAUCAUCAGCUUCCCUAACGAUAAGCAGCACAGAUAUCCUCCCCAUCUAUUGUUAUUAUCAGUGUCCCCACAGCACAGCUAUCCCUCCCCAUCUAUUGUUAUCAUCAGUGUCCCCACAGCACAGCUAUCCCUCUCCAUCUAUUGUUAUCAUCAGUGUCCCCACAGCACAGCUAUCCCUCCCCAUCUAUUGUUAUCAUCAGUGUCCCCACAGCACAGCUAUCCCUCCCCAUCUAUUGUUAUCAUCAGUGUCCCCACAGCACAGCUAUCCCUCUCCAUCUAUUGUUAUCAUCAGUGUCCCCACAGCAAAGCUAUCCCACCCCCAUCUAUUGUUAUCAUUUAACUUAUUGUUAUUGAAAUAG